CCGAUGGGUCUGCUGAUGAAUAUUCAUGCAGCCGGGGCCCGCGUGCGUGCUUCAGCAGUUUAUCAUCGGGACAGAAUGUUUGAUUAGCUGAUGUAAGGAGAAAAAAAAGCAGCUCUUGCUUUCACCGCAGCAGAAGCCUCACAGUCAGGCAGCAGGACGGCGGGGAAAUUUGAAGCGGAACCGUCAGUUGGAUCGUUUUCAGUCGAGCCUUUGAAGUUUCCAGACGUUUCUAGGAAUCUGGCCUGUACUCCACCUGUCAAGUCGAAGCCACUCCCCCUUUUUUUGUUGUUCACGUAACCUGUCUGGCUGCGGGUUACCUCGGGUCACAGGCGUCGGGUUGCUCUCACAAGAACUGGUCCUACAGGUUUAACCGGAACGACGCUGCUUGCAGUAUAAAGGUCUGAAGCUGAAGAUAUCCGCUCAGAAACUACCGAGACCAAACUCAAGACCACAACAAGAAGAAGAACCAACUCCAGACUCGCUAACAUGAUGAUGAUGAUGAUGCAGCUGCAGGAAACCACCAACCAGAAGAACUCCCUCUUCAACGCCAUGAACCGCUUCAUCGGCGCCGUCAACAACAUGGACCAGACCAUCAUGGUGCCCAGCCUCCUGCGGGACGUCCCGCUGGACGUGGAGCGGGACAUGAGCUCCGUCAAGACGGACAUGGACGAGGGGGACAUGUACAGCUACUACCAGCUGCUCAAGUCCAUCCGCAGGGACAUCGAGUGGGGCGUGCGGUGCGCCGACGAGCGCCGCAAGGAGAGCAUGACCAUCAGCCGCACGCACUCCUCUGCGUCCGUCUCGUCCUCCGGCUCGUCCUACUGCUCCGAGGAGGAAGACGACGAGGAGGAGGCGGAUCUGGAGAAGCAGUUCCAGUACCACCUGACCGGGCUGCAAGGGGUGCUGUCCAAGCUGACGCAGCAGGCGGACGUUCUCACCAAGCGCUACAAGAAGGAGCUUGGCAUCGGAGGCCAGUGAACGCACGCACGCACGCACGCACGGACGCUCCUCUUCAUUACUCUGGCUGAACUGACUUUGUCUGGACGGGCCCAACUUCUGCUGCUCUCAUCAAAACUGCAGCCAAAAUAUCAGACAGGAACAAAGCUGCUUUGUUCUUCUGUGCCAACCUUCAUGGUGUUGCUCCAAACUUGACUGUAGAUGUGUUGAACCUGAAACAAAAUCUCCUUUUUUUGCACUGUAAUGUGUUUUACACAUCAUACUUUCAGGCUAAACGCAGAUGAAACAUAUUUAAGUUAUUAUUUAAUGUAUUUAUUACCUCAAAAAUGUUGGCCUUCAAACGUUAUUUCAAAGCUGGUCGAACCACCCCAGCGUUGGGGACACCAACCCAUGACUCGGCAUCUUCUCAGAUGAUGACGAUGUUGGUGUGUUUGGCUCUUUUCACUCUGAUGUGUUUGUGCUUUAUUGCUUAAUGGCUCUUUGUUAGGAAGGAGGCGGAUGCUGACUGUAGCUGCCCAUGAUCUCCUCAUGUCCUACAUGCUCCAUGAACUGGAAACGACCGAUAAUUCUUCUGCAUCAAGAAUAAUGAGGGUUUCUAUGAGAUGCUGUGCUCUGUAAUGUUGUCAUUAUGCCUUUGAAUAGAUCCAUCUGUCAAAAAAAAGUUGCUAUUUUUUAUGUGCACCUUAUGCUGUUGUUGUUUUUUUUUUUUACUGAUAAAUGUUUCUACAAUAAAACUGUUAUUUUUUACAA